UUAUGUGGGUAUAUGGCAUUCCUUAUUUGGUUCAGGGCUUCACUAAAAGCUGAUUAUCUAAACAUUAUGAUGCUGACAGCACACUUCGGAAUUAUCAAUUGAGUGACAUGAACAAUUACGAACAGAAGAUUGGACUCAACAACACAGCAACAAAACGAAGACACUAUUAUCCAGCUAAUGAUUUCCGAAUGGUUGAGAUAAGAUUGCAUGUUCAUUGUUGAAAGUUGCGAAAUGGAUUUCCGUAUUGUUUUCACUUUGCUAUAUCUUAUUCUGUAUAACAAGCCAAUUGCUUGUGUGUCUCGUUUGUUUCAACAUGUCAUCUGCUGUAUUUCGGUCAAUACUCCUUGUUCUUAAUGUUUGUAUCACUACAGGCUCAGGUCCAGAAAUAGUCUGUGAUGUCGGAUGGUCUUCAUUUCAAGGAAACUGUUAUAAAUAUUUUUAUUCUGAAGUUACUUGGCAAAAGGCCAGGACUUCGUGUCAAAGUUAUGGAGCAGAUUUGGCCGUGGUGAAAAAUUAUGCAGAGAACAACUUUAUCUUCAGCCUUGCAUCUCGGCAGAGUAUCUGGAUCGGCUUGACAGACAUGGCUGAGGAGGGAGUGUUUAAAUGGAUUGAAACGGGCAUGAAUUCGGACUACAGAACUUUAGAUGAUGAAGACCCACAACUUGAAGGAUGUCCAGAAGACUUAACAGUUGGUACCAACCAGGGAAAAAAUUACGUUGAUGCCAGAUGGACGGAACCAAUAGCAUCCGAUAAUGUAGGAAUUAAAACAGAAACGCAAUCACAUUCGCCAGGAGAUAGGUUUAGACUCGUCGACGGAAAACCAACUGUUUACACUGUGCGAUACUGGGUACAAGAUUAUAGAGCAAACGAAGCAGAAUGUCUCUUCAAUGUAACUGUCAUUGAUGACGAGGCACCAGAGCUGCAAUGUCCAGAGGAAACAUCCAACUACUACAAAACCUUCUACGGAUUUAUCCACGCCUCUACUGACGAAGGAAGCCCAAAUGGUACAAUUACAUGGACACCGUCCGUUGCUAGAGAUAAUAGCGAAAUUCCACCUAUUAUCACAAAUUUUCCAAACAAACCAGGUGAUGUAUACCCGAUGAAAUUGUUUCCACCGUACACGACUACUAUUACUGCAACCGACAGAUCGGGUAACUCAAGAGAAUGCGUUUUACAUUUUGCUGUUGUUGACACUGAAGGCCCUGUUGUAACUUGUCCAACGUACUCAAACAACAUGAUUUCAAGCUCAUCCAAAUCUUCCUGGAGAGUGUUAACUGAUCCGGGCUCCAGUUCUGCUCGAUUGUAUUGGUACCCGGCUAACGCUACGGACAACAGUGGCACUGUGGUGUCUGUUACCUCUAACUACAACCCAGGUGAUGAAUUUCUGGCCAGUAAUGUCUCCCAUCAAAUAACGUACACUGCAAUCGAUGAAGAUAACAAUGUAGGAAAUUGCUCAUUCUUUAUAACAGUUGAAGAUAUGGAGAGCCCAUCAGUCGAAUGUCCGUCACAUCUACAUUCAGAAUCUGUUUUCCUAUCAUGGAACAUUACGAUCAGUGAUAACGUUGGAGUCUUUCAUUGGAUGGCAAACGACUCCCGUGUCGUACCGUCUCAUUCUACACCAAGUGACACAAAAAUCACAUUCCAACAAAAUGGAACCUUUGUAAUUGGUACAAGUUUUGUUGAAUAUCUGGUGACAGACAUUUCUGGAAAUACAAGAAAAUGUUUAAUUGUAAUCACUGUUGAAGACUUGAAAAGACCGUCAAUAAUUUGCCCCAGUAAUUUCUCUAAUUACUACGAUUAUGUAUUUGGUUUUCAUCGUCUUGUUGCUGAUUACGGUCGGUCAUAUGCAACAGUCACUUGGCCUUCCCCAGAAGUGAACGACGACAGUCAAGACCCUGUCACGUGGGAAAGUUUCCCAUAUAAAUCAGGUGAUAAGUUUCCUAUUCGACAGUUUCCACCAUACACUGUACAAUUCACUGCAACCGAUAAAUCUGGCAAUAAUAUAUCCUGUUACGUAUAUUUUACAAUAGUAGACAUCGAACCACCGAUUAUCAAUUGUCCAAAAAAUAUCACAAAUUACCACGAUACAUUCUUUGGCAUUGUCAGAGCUGCAAUUGAUCCGUUUUCCAAUACAAGUACAGUAACCUGGGAUCACCCUACUGUGUCUGACAACAGCGUACGUCAUGUAAAGGUGACAUCAUCCUACCAAUCCGGUGAAAGUUUCCCACCAAGAUUUUAUCCACCGUAUGAAGUGGAGUUUACUGCUGAAGAUGAGUCGGGAAACAAGAAUACCUGCAAAUUAUACUUCCUUGUCACAGACAAAAAUCCACCCGAGAUUCAGUGCCCGAGCUUUGUUAAAGCCGAUAGUCAGACUAGCAUGAACAGUAGUUUAGUACGUUGGCAGAUUGUUGUAAGUGAUGUAGAACCUAUAUCGUUAAUCAAAGUGAACAACAGUGCAGUGAUGCCAUCUCGUCUCGAACCUUUCAAAAGAAAGGUUAAUUUCACAGCAACGGCUCUCCUACCGGCUGGCAUCACCUAUAUCGAGUAUGCAUUUGAGGAUUCAUCAAGUAAUGCUGCAUUCUGUACUUUUCAAGUUGAAGUUUUAGAAUAUGUUAGUACCUUCACGUCGCCGUUUACACAAAUCGUGAAUAAGCAAACCGUUAAAUCUGAUGUUACGACUGCUUCGUCAACCUUGCCAAACGCAAUCUACACUGCUUAUCUUUACACCGAUGAAGUUACAGACAGAAGUACUUCUCCAUUAGUAUCACCUACUUCAUUACUAUCCCAAAUAUCAUUAUCUACAUCAUUGUCAAUGACAUCCUCAUCCUCGGUAUAUUCACCUUUAUUGUCCAUAACACCAUCGACGUCAUCAUCAUCAUCAUCAUCUUCUUCGAUAUUUGCAUCAUCCUCAUCGUCGUCCUCGUCGCCAUCAUCAUCAUCAUCAUCAUCAUCACUAUCUUCAUCAUUUAUAACAGCAUCCUCAAUAACUACACCAUCACAAUACUAUGGCUUAGCAUCUUCCUCUCCAUUAUUGUCUUCUUUAUCAUCACCAGCACCAUCAUCUUUAUCAUCAUCAUCAUCAUCAUCUGCAUCCUCCUCAUCCUCAUCAUUGUCAACAACACAAAGGUCAUCCUCAUUACCAUCAACAUUGCUUUCAUCUAAAAGUGUAACUGAUGAAGUCGUUAACACACUGCAACACACUAAUAUGAUAACCGAAGAUGCUAACUUUAAGCACAGAACCCAAAUUACUAACCAGAAAAACACUGUUCAUCAAUCAACUGACCCACAACUGACUGAUGUUCUUCGACCAACAGACCCACAACCAACUGAGUUGACUGAUAGACAAUCAUUUAACCAACAUACAACUGCAAAACCAUUCCUUUCAAGGCAGUAUACUGACCAUAUAGAUAAACGUUCAAGAAAUCAACACCGAACUGUCCAUCAAGAGACUACUAAACAAUUUUCAACUGACUUAACACUUUCGACCAAACAACAGUCAACUGACCAAACAAUACAUCCACAGACACAGAACACAUUACUUAACAAACUGUUGACUGCAGAAACUGUUAGUAGCCAGCGAUUUACUUCUUCGGUUGACAAUACAGUUUCCAGUUCGAGAAAUGUAAAUUCAGACCAUACAUUAUAUAAAUCACUUUCAACUGCAGCAAACGAACUAUCAAUUUCAGAUAAUCUAUACAGAAUGACAGAAGAUACUAUAUAUAAUUUUACAACUGCAUCAUCGCUUAAAAUUGCAACGACACGGAUUGUAAUUGAAGCCAAAAUCAACAAUACGAACAGUAAUGGUACUGAUAGUGCAACUUUGGUGAUAUUAUGUCUGUGUUUAUUUGGAGGUUUAUUGUUCUUCAUUAGCUUAUUCAUCAUCAUUAAAAAGAAAAUGAUUGAUAAGUCGACGGUUAACCAACACUAUUCUGAUGCUAAUGAUUUUGAUAGUGACAGGACAUCAGUCAACAUAUGCGAUUUAGAGCCCUUAAAUAAAGACCCUAGUGUGACCAGAACCGGAGACGGACAUUCAAACUGUGCAUACAUCUCAGAUGUUAAGGACAGCAAAUUGUAAAAUUUAAUCAAUCAAUUAAUGAUUUGAACUAGAUAGAAUGCUGUGAUCUGUCAUAUCAAACUAAAAUUAUACUACAGUAGUACGGUACCUUAUACUGGUUUCAAAUUCUCUGAUACCCGGUGUCUUCUAUAAAGCUCUGUCCUCACUAUCACAUUAUUUAUGUGACAAAUUUUUGUGAUUUGCCAAUAUAUGACCAUGCUGGUGUCAUAUUACUACCAAAUAUGAACACAUUUAUUUAUCACUUAAAUGUAUUUUUGUCAUAUAAAAUUUGAUAAUGUGAACAAGGCUUAAAUGUUUAGAAUAACGUCAGAAGAACUAUUGUUGCAUGUGUUACUACGUAGUUUCAUAUAUAAACUUUAGGCAUAGGUUCAUCGCCGAAAAUUGUAUCAGUGUAAGAAGUGUUUCUUGCAAAAACAUUUUUUUUUUCUUCAGAGGUGUAGCACUUUACUUGUGUCAUUUCAUUAUUCAUACUUGUGUGUUUAUGUCAUGCAGCUCAAAAACCUUUUAACUCCUGACUAGGCUGAAAGAAAUCAUGUUAAUAUUUUACAAAAACUAAAUAUGAAUUUCUGGUACAUUUUGGUUGUAGUGUACGCCAACCCAACCCAUCGCAUUGGUUUCUUAAGCAAAAUAUUAAUAGAUUUAUGUAAGCAGUGGGUAUUUAGUCGGUAGAAUGUUUAUUCGUUUACACAGCAUUUCUGUGAUUAUUAAGAGCGCACUCACAUUCUAUUAAACCUUAAAGAUUGGCAAACUGAUUUUAUACCAAAUAGUAUCAGCAUCAGCUAGCUCCUUGUUGUAAGAAAAAAAAAAAAAAAAAAAGAUGGAUCUUUAAAUCAUCUAACAAUUUGUUCUCUUUUGUGCUGUGAACACACACACCUGUAUACCAUAGAAUCUGUUUUUAUUUUGCGAAUGUGAUUUUAUUAACCCUUUAGUGGUUUUCAAUUUUCAAUUUAUUUAUUAAAAAAAGCGCUUUUUUGUAAUAUGCAAUAAAAAUACAUUAUAAACGUAAAAUAAAAUAUCAAUUCAUUUAACAGUCCAUGCUAACAAAACUUUUGUUUAUUGUUACCUUACUGUUUAAUUAAAAGCAUUUACUUUCAUUAUAAUAAUGUUAAAUAACAUAUAAUAAUAAUAAUAAUAAUAAUAGGGCCUACAGACAGGUCCUAGUGGUUAGGUCAGUUUAUUUAUCCUUCACUGUACUUCAGUCAAAUGAUACUGGCUUGUUUAGCUCAGUUAAAAUGUAUAUAAGUGAUUGAAUAUACCGGUAGUUGGCUUAUAAUUUUACAAUCAAAUACUAAAAACUUCAAUAAAAGCGAUGCGUUUUUAUACCAAAAUCAAACGCUGCUAACUACAAAUGAGUGCACACCGCAUAAAAGUGCACCACGCGCGUUCACACUAAGCUCGACUGUUUAGAACAAAAAAAGUUACCUACUGGCUCCAUAAAAUAAGAUUGUAAGACAGACAGCCCCUGUGGUGGACGACGAGGGUUGCUGGAUGUUGGUUGGGUUGCAUUAGAUAUGUGCGCUAUAUAAAACUACACUAUUAUUAAUAUUAUUAUUAUUAUUAUUAUUAUUAUUAUUAUUAUUAUUAUUAAGCUUUCAUUUUAUAUUUUAUUCCAUUAUAUAUAUUAUUAUGUAGAACAUUUGUUUUUCAUUUUUACAUAUACCGCAAAUUGUUACAUUUUUUACUAUUUUUAGUUUCUCUCCAUACAGUUGUAUAAUGGUAGGAACAGUUUUAUUUGAUAAUAAAUAAUUUAGUUGUGAAUAUAUUUUUUUUUAAAUCUGUCGCUCCAAUUUAGUUUAAUGCAAUAUCUCUUUUAUGUAUAGUUUGAGGUGGAAUAAAAAUUGUAUUAAACUCUUGAAUAA